AACGAUGUGUAAAUAUACUAUAAAAAUGUACUACAAUGAAUAUAUAUUUAUAUAAAACAUUGCCUUUAUAAUAUAAUACAAAUUUAUUUUGUAGUGAUUUAUGUAAUUUCCCUACCCAUGUGCUUCUCUAGUGUCAACCCCAUUUGGAACGGUUGACCACCUUCUGUGUCCUAAUAAAAUAUGAACAGAAAAGUCUUGACCAAAACUCAGGCCACUGGUAAGAAGUUUUAGGUGGGUUUUUCUUCCUUCUGAAGUUUCUAGCUGGAAAAAUGCUACCCCAAGUCUUCGUUCUGUCUCUUCUGUUAUUGACGUUAGCAUCUGCAGAUCUUCUGCAGAAUCCGGACUUUGAAUUUCCACCAUCAAACCUCCCAAAAGAUUCAAAAUCCCCAUUUGUUUUACUCAACAAAAACAACACAAUUCCCGGAUGGACAUUUGAAGGCACAGUCCUGUAUGUCACAGCUGAUGAAACCUUUUCAUUACCGCAUAAUGGACAUGCUGUGCAACUGGGGGAAGAUGGCAUAAUCAACCAGACAUUCCUUGCUAGCGCAGACUACUUGCGCUAUGUGCUUACAUUCACAAUUGCGCCGGCUCAGACUCAGAAUUGUUCGGAUAGUGCUGAGACAGUAAUCUCAGCACCAGAUAGUCAAGGGGUCUUUUCUUUGAAGCAGCCUUAUGGGAAGGAAACUUGGGAAAGCUAUGGUCAUUACUUGGGAAGCUGGGGUGAUGGAGAGUCCAUCAACCUUGUGAUUCAGAGGCAAGCUGAGGAUUCCAAUUCCAGCUCCAUCUGCUGGCCAGUGAUUGAUGAGCUUCUUAUUAAGAGCAUGCCAAAACUAGUUCAAGGAAAUGGAAAUUUACUACUAAAUGGAGGAUUUGAACAUGGUCCAGAAUUUCUCAACAACUCUACUGAGGGAAUAUUGAUUGAAUCAGCACCUAGUCUGAUCCAAUCCCCAUUGCAAGAGUGGUCUGUGUUAGGAACUGUAAACUAUGUAGAUUCCAAGCACUUUUUUGUCCCGCAAGGCAAUGCUGCAAUCGAGAUUGUUUCAAUCGGUAUACAAACAGCAGCAAGCCUUAAAGAGGGAUCGAGUUAUAAUUUGGAAUUUAUUCUAGGAGAUGCUAACAACUCGUGUGUGAAAGAUUUCCUAGUGUCUGCCCAAGCAGGGUCAACAGUUCAAAAUUUUACUCUUCUCAGCAGUGGCACAGGCUCAGCCAAGAAUUUCUCAAUGAAGUUCAAGGCAGAUUCAAGUGUGACAACAAUCAGUUUUAUGAGUUACGCUGCAAGCCAAACAAAAAAUGGUAUUCUUUGUGGUCCUGUGGUUGAUGAUGUAGUUUUGCGUGUUUCGCUCGGGAUGAAACCAGAUAUCCAAUGGAUUGUUCUGGUUUUUCUGUAUUUGGUAGCCUUUCUAACGUUUCAUUGAAGUUGACAAAAUGGAAUUUUUGUAGCUCAUUAUGCCAGAGCAAUAUGUGGGAAUACAAGUUUUGCUCCUUUGAGGAGUUGGAUUUUGCAGGGUUGGUUAUGUAUAAUGGAUAUUUGUUUAAUUAUUGGGAUAAACUACCAUCCACCAUUUCA